GUUUGACCUUCAAGUGCUCGCAAUCUCCAUCAGUGGACGAUAGCCUAGGAGCGUUGCCAGGCCGAUCACCGUUCUUGCUUGUUGAUGGCGGAUGAGCCGUUUGUCAUAACAGAUCAGGAAAGACUUGAUCGCCUGAAUAAUGAAGCCAGAGAGAAAAGGAACAGAGAUAUACCCUUUACACCAGACAUGUCUCAGCCAUUUUAUAACUUUGUGGGGAAAAUUUUUGGAACUGAGAAACCUUACGAGGCUGGACAUGGGUUCCCUUUAACUUACUCAUCUGGAGGGAACUUUCUCCACCGCCCUUUCCUAGAUUUCCCUGCCUUACAGAUGGGCACAUCAUGGUUCACGAUGCAGAAUGUUUUUAGUUCAAGAUUUUGUCAAAUCAUGGAGCGUGACUUCUUCCGCUGUGUUGCAAGAGUUGGCCUUCAAAAUACAGACAAGCAUUGCAAAAUAUACUGGGAAGAUUUGCUUGAAUGUCAGAAUCAUAAUAAAGCUAAAAAAAGAGCUGUUAUGAUGAAAAAAGUUAGAGAGGUAAAGAAAAUGGAGCCAAUGACCACUCUGCCGUACAGCGCAUUUAAAGACCCCAACUUCUGAUGACAUUUGACUUUCCAUGUUCAUUUCCAGUGAUAUUUAUGAAUGACAGUUUGUUUUAUUAGUUUAGAUCUACGUCCUCAAUCUGUGACUAGUAAAAUCUCGUUUGCUUCCCUUACUGUUUGUUCAACAAUAAAUGAAUUUAGCUCUCAAA